AACGUUGCCUAGCGACGAGACUGUGUGCGCUUCUAGUGAAAAACCUGCUAACUCACUAGCUAGUUAGCUGGAACAAGGAAAUUUAGUCUUCAGUCCUUCGUCGCCGAGUUUUCAUUAUGGAAUAAUGAAGGAAACAACGAGUCAACAAUUUUCCUCAGCCUCGCCUACCUACUUUUCCCCAGGGUCCCUCAAUGACGUUCCUUUUGCAGAGGCUUCCGACUGCGGUGAGCUAACGUUAGAAGAAAACAAAGACAUGGAGGUAAAACAGCUAACCUUGCACAAGAGGUCUGGGGAAGUAAAACAACACAGCAAGAAGGAUGGUGUUUUAACUGCUGAGGUUGUCUCCAGCUGUAUGUCCAACCUUGGACGUGUUGGCACUGGGCUGCAACAUUUGUACCACCAGCUUUCCUUGCCUAGUCAUGAUCUCAGUGACAUCUCUGUUUUAUGCAAUUAUGUCCAUCUUCAAAAGCUGGAACUGCCGCACAACAAAAUUAAAGAUUUAUCCUGCGUGAGCCACAUGCCCUACCUCGUCAUCCUGGAUGCUUCUCACAAUGACAUCUCCAGCUUCUUUGGGUUCCAGCCACCCAAGAACCUAAAAGAGGUCAAUUUCUCCCACAACUGUAUAACAAAAAUGAAGGAUUUGUCAGCCUUUUCAUCUCUUAGUCAUUUGGAUCUGGGUUACAACUGUCUCAGUGAGAUCAGUGGCCUUGAGCAAUGUUGCAAGCUCACCCAUCUCAGCCUGGCACACAACAGGCUCUCUAGGAUCAGCGGCCUGGACAGUCCUGUGCUUCUCACACACCUUUGCCUUAGGGGGAACCAGCUGAAAAGGAUUGAAGGGUUGGAGAAUCUGAAGAGUCUGCAGGUUCUCGACUUGUCUCUGAACCACAUAGCCAGUCUUUCUGGCCUCCAGAAUCUCCGCCAACUGGGCUCCAUAAAUCUGGAGAAAAACCUGAUCAGUGAAGUACAGGAGUGCAAACACAUUCAUGAUCUGUUCCUGUUGAGGGACCUCAACCUGCUGGGAAACUCCAUACAGGAGCAACCUGAUUACAGACUCGCAGUUAUUUUCCUCCUGCAACAUCUGACUGUGCUGGACCAAGCUGAAGUUACUGCAGAAGAAAAGGUGGCAUCAGUAAACAAGUAUGACCCUCCUUUGGAUGUGUUGGCUGCCAGGGAUCAUAUGACCCACCUGGUAUAUCAGCUGAUGCAGCCUCAGGUGCUCUAUGAGAGCAGUACUAUGCCCAAUGCAGACUCUCCAUAUCCCAUGCUGGUUCUGACCGGUCCACCAGGCUGUGGGAAGCGGGAGCUGGCUCACAGGCUGUGUCAGGAGUUGAGCGACUACUUUGCGUACGGAAUCUCUCACACCACUAGGGGGCCCUACUCCAGAGAGGUGCAUGGAAUUGAUUACCAUUUCAUCAAUGAGGAAGAUUUUCAGAGCAUGAUUAAAAUGGGUAAGUUUAUCCAGACCAUGCAGUACGGGGGUCACAGCUAUGGUCUGACCAGAGAUGCCAUAGAGGAUGUAGCCAGAGAAGGACUAGCCUGCUGUGUGCAUAUGGAGCUAGAGGGUGUGUUCAGUCUGAAGAACACCUACUUUGAGCCUCGAUACAUCCUGCUCAUCCCCAUCCAGGUGGAGAAGUACAUGGACCACCUGAAAAGCCAUGGUCUCUAUACCCCAGCACAGAUCGACAUGGCAAAGUCACGUAUAGAGCUCUACGCCAAUACCAACAGGCAACGACUUGGAUUCUUCGAUAAUGUUAUUCCCUGUGAUGACUGGGAUAAAGCCUAUCAGACACUGAGGCAGGUAGUUAAGGAGUACCUUUUGCUAGACGAAGAAGGAGAAAACAACCACAGAGGAUCCCUUGACAACAGCUCCACUGGAAACGAGCCAGAGGAGAAGCUAGCUUCACCACCCCUGCCGAGGUCAGGAUCCAGCACACUGGCCUCACUCUCUGCCACAGCUCUUGACCCCUCAGAUCCCUCCUACAGAAACUAUUUUACCAAGAUCCAUGAAGAGCUCAGCCCUCAGAAGAGCCCCGCUGAGCUAGCUUCCAUCAGGAGGCGUGAGCAGCUGGUGAGAGAGGCAGUAGUGGGGAAGAGUCCAGGGGUCUACAGCCAGCUCUUUAAAAGCUCUGCUCAAACAGCCCCAUCAUCACUGCAGAAGCCUAAUACUCAUUUAAGUGAGGACAACAGCAACUCGGAUGAGUCUCGCGCCAGUUCAGCCACGGGCUUGUCUGGUUCAGUGGAGCCGUUUGAUAUGUCUGUGCAGGGACACACUUUGGAAGCGCUAAAAGGCCAAACUCCUGAAGCCCACUUUCCAGGCACAGACCAGCUAGCUGUGGCCGUGUCUCCCUCCUCUGAUAGACGUCCGGGAUCCGACAUUAAGCCCAUUCUGCCACCAAUCCCCGCUGGGCGCAAGACCCCUGCAUCGCCUAGCCCGGCUCCUUCACCCUGACACAGCCCACACACAGCAAUCGAUGAGGGAGGAAAAGUAGACAGGGAAGGAUAGCUUCACAUAGCUUAGAAAAUUGAUGAAGUCAAUAAACCAGUAAAUGUAAAGUAACUUAUAAUUUGGCCUGUGAAAU